UUUAAUACGGUUAACUAUCUUGUAAGAUUGAAGUAUCAACAAUAUUGACAACAUAUCCGCAUUUUAAAAGUGCGGUUAACAGCACUGUAGAAAAAUUCUAGAUGUAUAAAUCUCAUCAUCCACAUAGUGCAUGGAAUUUUGAAACAUAUUUACUAAGUGAGAGAGGCACUGAAACAGAAGCAAGAGAAGCAACAACAAUGGAUCUUCAGCUGUGGCAUAAAGCAGCGGCGCUCUCUGGAAUUGCAGCUAUUGGGUUGGGUACAUAUGGCGCCCUUGGCUUCAAACCCAAAGACCCAACUUGCAAAGAGGUUUGGCUGACGGCGUCUCUGUACCAUUUGGUUCACACAGCAGCUCUGCUUGCUGCCCCCAUCGCGAAACACCCCACCCUUUUUGGAGGCCUUUUGGCUGCUGGAAUACUCGCAUUCUGCGGGACGUAUUAUACUGUGGCAUUACUUGAGAAUAAAAAGUACUUGAAAUUGGCUCUUUUCGGUGGCUUUCUUUUCAUCGCUGCUUGGGGUAGUUUGCUGUUCUAAGAACUUCAACUUCUAUGGAUCCCUGUACAACUUAUGUUGUCGGCUUUACUAUUUAUGACCGUCCACACUUUCAUCUUCGCAAAUAGAUCUGACCGCGCCUUUGUUGAAUUCAAAGUUUGCCCUAGCACCAAGUAAUUGCCUAAUGAUGUAUGAUCUAUAUCAAUGUAAUGAUUGUGCUACUUAAGUGUUGCAAAACCAUAUAUGAUAAAGAGUAUUGACAGUAUUUCAAGUUAA